ACAUUUUUUUCUCAGCUCUCCUGAAGAGAAUAUGCUUCUAUAUAUUACAAAGUAACUGAGUUCAUUCACUAAUGCACAAAGUUCUGUAUGUGAUUUCUGUUUCAGACUCUAUUUUAAAUCACAAUGAGUGAAAAUCAGUUUUAAGCCUGUGCUGCUUGAAUCUGUCAUCCUUAAACUCAAUUAAGUUGUAUGCUGAAAGAACAGGUAUGUUACAGCUAUGAAUGACCAGUAUAAUAAGCAGUAUAACUGCUAAAAAUUUAGGUUGGAUUCCACCUUGUACCUGAUGAAUAUACAUGCAAACUCUUCAGGACAGCAGUAGGUCUUGUGGGCUAAAACAUAAGCAGCUUGUGGGAUCCUUAGAUUGGGUUUGAAAAAACAGUUUAGUGUCAGUUGUAUUUAUAACAUUCCCUAUAAAUAGAGAGGGCAACAUGUUUAAUGGUGUUCAGAUACAUUAAUAGCAGGAUCCAUAAGGAAAUGUCACCAGAUAAAUAAGCAGAUAUAGUGAAUUUUCAAAAAAAUUUUUAUGAAAAAUAGGAAUAACUUUCUAGCCAAAAGGAGACACUGCUGAUAACACUCCACGCUCUUGUGUGAGUGUUGGAGGGGCUAAUUCAGUAGGACAAAGGUCUACUGGUGAAAAUCUAAGGAAUUCCUGGAACAAAGAGUAAUUAUCCAAAAGAGGAAGCAGGACUACUCCAUUGUUAUGGCCCCCACCUUUGCCAGGGUCUGCAGGCAGGCCAUCCAUGUAGCUUGUGCAGUAUUAAGAUGUGCCACCUGACCUUGAAAGACUCACCAAUAAUGCACAUUAAAAGUGUCAGCAUUUAAGAUUAUGAGGAGAAUUUAAGAAGAAUGUAAAGGAGCAGAUAAUUGUUCUAAAUUAAGUUCUUCUGAAUUAGGUCAUCUGAGAUGAUUGUCAGUAUAAUGCCACUGUUAUAGUAAAUUAAUGAAGCUCUCUGGAGUAUACACCUUGUUUAAAGGAAAGUAGCAAAGGUUUCACCCAAGAGACGUGCACUGAGGGCAAGUACAGCUAUGUCAAGAUAACCUUAUUCCCAGGCAACCUUAAGACUAGUAAAAUACCAUCCUUGAUAAAUCUGUGCAUCUGAAUUCUUUUAUUGAUUCCUUGUGUUCCUGAAAGUAAGAGGACCUCUCUUAGCCUUAGUUUCUGUGGCUGGAAAGUAAGUUGUUUACAUUUUUUUGUUAUGUGUGAUUAAUUAAUUCCUGUGAAGCAUUUUGCACAUCAAAAAAAGACGUUACUGUCUAUAGACAGUAGUGACUAUUUUGGCAGUAAUACAAAGUGGUAUUGCUGCAGAAAAAGACUGUCUGAGUUUGUUUUGUUUUCCUCUACUGUCUUGGUGUUGUGAACACAAACUUUCGUGUGGCAUUUUGUAGAGGGAGACUGCACUUGAGUCUCAUCUUCUUCCCUGUCCCCUUCGAAUACACACAGUCCCCUUGCAGUUGAUUCAUAGUGUAAAGGCUGAGCAAGGCUGUGGUUCUACCUGGUUCUUGCUUUUUUUUUAAGGAGACAGUCUGCAUCCACAAAGGUUGGAUGGAGGGAGCUGCUGCUCUACAGCUUUAUUUACUGGGGUCUGAACAGAAGCUCAGCAGCGAUCUAACUAUUCUAUUUAAAUACUGAAAUCAUGUUUUUAAGAUGAUUCAAUUUUCUUUAUAAGAAUAAAGGGCUGGAUUUGUUAAAAUAAUUUUGAAAAAUUGGAAUCUAUGAGGGUCUGGUGCUCAGACAUAUAACUAGAAUACACUGCUUGCAUUGUUUAAAAAGCUGUAAUUUUUAACCCAGCCCACUCCACCCCCCUCCUACCUGACACAUUAGUUUUAGACUUGGAAAAGAAUCCUUUAUAAGUGAUGCUUCCAACUGACAUAUUUAUUUUGACAAUGCUUUAUUGUCAACAGUAUCCAAAUUACCUUUUCACCUUCAUGUUGAUUGGCAAAUGUCUAUUUUCAGACUUCCUAUGGGUAAAAAGUUGAUGGAAGUGCCAUUGUGUCCUUUCUUUGUAGAAGAAACCCAUUAACAAUUUAUUUUAGUUCUAAUCUCACAAUUCAUAACACUUUCCAGUUUCCUGCUCUAUAACCAUCUAGCAUAAAGUCCAUACAUCAUUAUUGUAUCAUUUCAACUUGAUUCCUUAUGCUUAGAAUGGGUUAAUUCAAUGGUGUUCAACUUUAUAAUAUAAAUUGUUUUAAUUCAAUAAACAAGGAAAGUAAAAAUUCAAAAAAUCAGGUCCUGAUGGCUUAUUGGGAGACCUGAAUAAAACCAGAAAAUCUCUGAAUGACAACUUGCAGAUCAUUCAAAUAAUUGACUUAGUCCUAUGUGCUUCUUAAAAGAAUGUUCCUUAUUUUCUAAAGUUUUAACCUACACUGAUUUAAAAUGUUAAGAACAAGCCAUGUAAAUCUUUACAGAAAGAAAUGGAUGAGACCUAUAAUGACUCAAACUUGAUUCCAUGUGUAGAUAGACAAUUUUAGAAAAUGAGUUUUUGACAGUGCAAUGGUAGGCUGUAAACUGAUUAACAGAUCAUAUGACUAAUACAGCUGAGAUGGAAUAGAACUCGCAUGAGAGAACAUAAAUCUGCUCCAUUUAGCAGAUCUCCCUGUGUUUGUAACAGUACAGCUUUUAAUUGACUAUGGCAUUGUCAGAAACUGGGUUUCUGACAAAUUGAGUGCUGAAUGUGUACCUACUUGUAAUACUUUCAAUUAUCUCUGAUAAAAAGCACAAGAUAGACAGUAGGUCAAACACACACACACAUAUAUAUAUAUAUAUCUGGCUGGCUAUGAAAUCAAGAUUAUUCUACAGAGAAGCAUUAAGACUUAUUUAAAAUGAAUGGAAAUAUUCCAGAUUCCAGUGAUAACUUCAUUAUUUCUUGAUGUUUUUAGGCUGAGACAGGAAACAAGCCUUCUAGCUUGUUUAUUCAUUCUUAGUUUGAAGUCAUUUGAAGAAUGUCCAAGUUAUCCAAGUGAAGUUUAUAUAAGAAGGCAUUUAAAAAUCUAUUUCUGUGGGGGCAUAGAAGGCAGGCAGUCACACUUAAAUCCUAUUCAAUAAAUGGUUACAAACAUUCAGUGUAAGAGCUGAAUGGUUAACAAGUGUUUCUACACCUAGAAACAUACCUUUGACAUUGAAAAGUGUCCCAGGGUGGUUCCUUUCGCUACUAAUAAUAUGUGAAAACCAGGCAGCCUUGGCUGUAGUGAAAGCUUUGCAAUAUUCUGAGAUGCCAUUUGCACUCCUUGAAAAUUGCAUGCAGUCACAUUGAGCACUCCUUUGCUUCCAAACGUUGCUUGCUCUUAAUUCACUCUUAAUACUCUGACUUCAGGCAUAAGCCUACAAGAAAAAAGAGUGGCAAGAGCUGUGCUGAUGAUACGUUAUAAACGUGACUCAUGUCCAGCAGAUAUUUCAGCUUUUUAUAAAAUAAUAGGUAGUAACUUUGGAAAGGAUGAAGAAUGUCGUUUAUUCUUGUUCUGCUUGCUCUUGGUCUGCAUUCCAAUUUUGUUAUAACUGGGAAAGAAAUAAGUCUGUUUACAUCCUCUGUUCCAGGAUUCCAGAAGCCAACCAGGCUUUUAGCAGCUCUCCCUGUGCUUUCUGCAGCAUAGUGCAUUUUGCUGCUGCAGUGUGAAUCAGUGGUUAGUGUUUAUUAUUGACCAUUGCAUGAGUAAGGUCAGUAAAGACAAACCAUGUUAUGCAAAGACUAGAUUUUGAGGUGUGUGAGUGUUCCAUAAUGUCUCAUACAGUGCCAUGCUGUUUGCAGACAAGAAGGACAGUUCAUAUUCUUUGUGCCUCUGAAGACACCACAGAGCAAUUUUUAACCCUUCAUAUACCAUGUAUCUAAAUAAUAUUCUAAUUCUGCCAAAGAAUUUUUAGCUGCUUUAGGAACCAAAAUGGUCAUUUUAAGAACUUCUUUGUUGGAUUUUUUGUGAGCUAUUUGUCUUGUUUUUAUUCUGCAGCCAUGAAACUGGGAAUGAUAUGCUGUGCAAAAAUACAUUUACAUGUUUAAAGUGUGUUGACCACAUUUCUAUAGAAUACAAACUUUCGUUUUAUGGAAUAGAAGCUUCCAGAUACCUCAUGAAAUCUUUUCUUAGUCUUCUUUUAGAUCAAACAGCUUUCCUGUUAUAAUGACACCUGUUUCCGUCCUGCAACUUGUAAAUCAUAUCUGUAUAUUAUUUUGUAUAGGUUUGAUGUUUUCCUUCUGUUACCAGAACAAUGUCAAAUUUAGUAACCUAGUUGAGAAGGUCCAUCAGUUGUCAUUAAGAUUUUCUGCUAUUUUCUAUGCCUUUUUUGGGGGGGUUUUUUUACUUCUUAAAGAAAAGAAACAAAGAAGAUAUGCUUACUUUUGAGUCCUGGCUUACCAGACCUUGUUGAAGUCUGAUAUUAAAAGAAAGCAUCUAUUUCCCAAACCAUAAUCAUGUAUAUAGUCCAAUGUCAAGAUAGAACAGUACUUCAUGGAUACAAUACUCAUUUGUCAUAUCUGAAUCCAACCUUGGUCCAAAAGAUAAAGCAAGAGAGAACUUUCUACUUCUGUUUUACUAGACAGUAACAACUUGCUUCCCUGUCUGUUUUUUGAUCACUGCUGUAUAUCAUAUGGAUCUAAAUUGAAAUGUCAUUACUCUGAAAGAAACCACAGAGCAUUAGUACGAAUAUUUCUGUUAAAGUCAGAGAAUUAAAGUGGAGGAAGAAGCCUGUAAAUAAGUAUAGCUUUUUCAUUUAUGUUAAAAAUAUUCUCCUAGAACUGUUUUCAGUUUCUAUUAUUCAUGAAAAAAUCUAUUCAGACAAUUAUGGGGAAUCAUCUGUGUUUCCACUGUAACCUAGUUAAAACAGCAUCAGUAUUACUGAAUGAUAUGUUUGCUUGGCAGCCAUUGUAACAUCAUUCCCUCCUUUUUAGACACUUCAAGAAGCCAUGAACAACAGAGGGAGAUUUUGCAAGAUGUACAAAACCCCUUCAGGAUUUUGUUUCCAACAAGCAGAUGUGUGAUUCUUUUCUUUUUUCUUUUUUUUUUUUUAUUUUUCUGUCAAAUUAUUCCAGAGCAACAAUAGUUUAUAUGGAUAUGGUCCCCACUGAUGAUGAUCCCGUUGGAGAUACAAAUACUUGUCUGGAUCAAAAAUGGUGUUUUGUGGAAACAACUUGAAAUAAAUUACACUCCAUGGUUUCUGCCCUGUUAAAGAGCCUGAUCUCAUCUUACAUAUAUAAGAUCCGCAAAGGAAUGUUUACAAAGAAAUCGGGAAAUAGUACAAAAAGGAAAGAGAGUUGUCAGAGCAAAAAGGAACAAGACUUUACUCAGAUUGGACAUACAAAGAAUCCAAAAUUUUCAAAUACUUUAAAAAGCACGGUUAAAAAGAUUGCCAAGUGUCCAUCUGCUCGCAACUUAUCAACUGAAGAACAGGAAGGCAAUAGAGAAUUUUCCCUUUCGCCAACAUUCAGUUACAGAGUUGCUAUUGCCAAUGGACUGCAAAGGCAUGUUUUGGUAGCACACACUAAUAAUGAAGAUAUAGUUCAAGAUCUGUCUUCAAAUGAUAGCUCGUGUUCUGACUCUUUAAGUGAAAUAAAAAGUAAUAGCAAGAAGAACGAAUACUCAUCACACACAAUGCCUGUGAGACGCAACAGGAAAAGCUUGAGCAGCCUCGCACCAUCCGAUGGAAGUUCAGAUGGAGAACGCACUUUGCACACACUGAAACUGGGAGCUUUACGAAAACUAAGGAAAUGGAAAAAGAGCCAAGAAUGUGUCUCAUCGGACUCUGAACUAAGUACAUGGAAGAAAACAUGGGGAUUAAGAAGUAAAUCUCUGGACAGAACUGGACGUCACCAGAAAUCAAACACUCUUGAACCUGGCUUUAGUUCGACAGGUUGUAUUAGUCAAACCCAUGAUGUUAUGGAAAUGAUCUUUAAAGAGCUUCAGGGAAUAAGUCAAAUUGAAACAGAACUCUCUGAAUUAAGAGGGCACGUUAAUGCUCUGAAGCAAUCAAUUGAUGAAAUUUCCAGCAGUGUCGAAGUUGUACAAAAUGAAAUCGAACAGUUGCGAACUGGGUUUGUACAGUCCAGAAGAGAAACCCGGGACAUCCAUGACUACAUUAAGCAGAUAGGCCAUCCAGGAAACAAAGCAAGUCUUAGGUUUCUAAACGUGCCUGAAGAGAGACUUGAAAAAACUGAAAGCAUAGUUUACAAAAUAUUGAUAGAUAAAAUGGGCUUUUCAGAGGCACAAAGUACUAUUAAAAUCGAAUUUGCCCAAAGAUUGGGGCAACAAAGAGACUGUCCAAAUGCAAAGCCAAGACCCAUUCUUGUUUACUUUGAGUCAUCACAACAGAGAGAUUUGAUUUUAAAAAAGUCUUAUAAACUUAAGGGAACUGGCAUUGGAAUUUCUACAGAUAUAUUUUCCCAUGACAUAAAAGACAAAAAAGAAAGAGGACUACCUUCUUCUCAGACGUAUGAAAGUAUGGAUAUGAAACUUUUAACUGUGGAGACAAAAUCUAAAAGGCAUGACUGGGAGUCACCUGACAGUGAUAAAGACUUGGAAUCAGAUAUAAAUAAGAACAGUUAUGCAAAGAUAUCUAAAUCAGCAUUUCAAAUAAAAUCAAGCACUACAAAGGGGAUUACUGAGUCCCCAAACACUAAAGACCUUAAAAGAACUGCUGACAAUGGCACCUUUUCAAAUAGAAGUUAUGGCACUCAGUCACCAGAAUUUGACAAUCUGGAGAAACAAUCAAAGGCCUAUUAUUCAGACAUGACUCCUUUGUGGCACUUACAGAAUGACUUUGCAACACCAAAGCUCAGUCGUUCAGAGUCAGAUUUCUCAAAAUUGUGUCAGUCUUACUCUGAGGAUUUUUCAGAAAACCAGUAUUUUAGCAGAACAAAUGGCAGUUCACUAUUAUCUUCCUCUGAUCGAGAACUUUGGCAACGAAGGCAAGAUGAUUCUACAAACUGGUAUGGCGGUUCCCAGGAACAGACUUUUGUCCAAGACAUGGAGCAGCAUCCGGAGCAAAAUGAAAUAGAAAACAUAGAAACUGUUGAUAGUGGAGUAAGCAAUGGAAUGAUCUGUGCAUCUGGAGACAGAAACCACUAUAGUGAUACUCAGCUUGCUUUACAUGAUGAUCUUUCCCCAUGGAAAGACUGGAAUCAGUUGGAACAAGGGACGGAUUUGGACCUAGACACAUCCACACAGGAAGUUUUUGUAUAUGAUAUGAGUAGCCCUUCAGAUCAACAGACAGAUUUUGGAAAGGGCCAAGGUUCUGACCUCCAGUAUGAUACUGAAAGCUAUGAUUUCACCCUAGAUGGUACUUCUCCAUCGUGUCCAGGCCUUGAUAGUGAAACACAAAGUCAGUGGACUGGUCAAUAUGAUGAUUAUCAGGAUACAAAUUCUAUGUCUUCUUAUCAGAAUCAAAACAGAUUGCCAAUGAUGUACCGAAGUCAGAGUGAACUACCAAGCGAUGAUUCAGAAGAAACAGCCCCUAAAUCGUGGCAUAGCCGGUUGAGCAUAGACCUUUCUGAUAAGGCUUUCAGCUUUCCUAAAUUUGGGUCUACACUUCAACGUGCAAAGUCAGCUUUAGAAGUAGUCUGGAAUAAAAGUACACAAAGUUUAAGUGGAUACGAAGACAGUGGAUCAUCUUUUAUGGGACGGUUUAGAACUUUAUCUCAGUCUACUGCAAACGAAUCAAGUACAACACUGGAUUCUGAUGUUUAUGCUGAGCCUUAUUGCUACAAAGCAGAGUAUGAGGAAGACUUAAUUGAACCAUCUGGUGAGAAUGAAACAGACUAUGUAGAAGUAAUGGAACAGGUGCUUGCUAAACUAGAAAACAGAACUAAUAGUAGUGAAACUAGUGAGCAAGUCCAAGAAUAUGAACUGGAGCAGUCUUUGUAUGAAACUCCAUAUGCAAUGCUGCCAGAGGAGCAAUAUGACACACAGUUUGAUAGCGUGAUCAGUGAAGAGAUAUUGGAAGUUGAAAGCGAUGUGGUUCCUGAGGUAGAAAUAAGAGAAGAUGAAAAUCAGAAUGUCCCAGAGACAGUUAUUGAAAUUCCAAAGAAAAAAAGAAUACGGCCAUCAUUCAAAGAAGCUGCUUUAAAAGCAUACAAGAAACAAAUGAAUGAUUUGGAAGAGAAGAUCCUUGCUGGAGACAGCGGUUCUGUGGAUGAAAAGGCUCGGUUAGUAAGUGGAAGUUCCUUGGAUGCUUCCAAGCUUUAUGCAGUCCAGGCAUUUACUGGUGGACUGUAUGGCAUUGACAGCAUGCCAGACCUGCGCAGGAAGAAAUCUUUUCCCAUUGUUCGAGAUGUGGCUAUGACACUUGCAGCUCGAAAGUCUGGUAUUUCCAUGGCCAUGCUCACCCGGACCUCCAUAAACACUGAGGAAAUGAAAAUACAUGUCUUCAAGAAGACAUUACAGGCUUUGAUCUAUCCUAUAUCAUCAACCACACCUCAUAACUUUGAAAUUUGGACAGCUACAACUCCCACAUACUGUUAUGAAUGUGAAGGUCUGCUUUGGGGCAUUGCCAGACAAGGCAUGAGGUGCACUGAAUGUGGUGUCAAAUGCCAUGAGAAGUGCCAAGACCUCCUGAAUGCUGACUGUUUGCAGAGAGCAGCUGAAAAAAGUUCCAAACAUGGUGCAGAAGACAAAACACAGAAUAUUAUUAGUGCUAUGAAGGAAAGAAUGAAGAUUAGAGAGAAAAAUAGACCAGAGGUUUUUGAAGUGAUCCAGGAAAUGUUUAAUAUUUCCAAAGAAGAUUUUGUACAAUAUACAAAAGCAGCAAAACAAAGUGUUUUGGAUGGAACAUCCAAAUGGUCAGCAAAAAUAACCAUCACAGUUCUUUGUGCUCAGGGCUUGCAGGCUAAGGACAAAACUGGCUCAAGUGACCCAUAUGUUACUGUGCAAGUUGGCAAAAACAAACGGAGAACAAAAACAAUUUUUGGAAACUUGAAUCCCGUAUGGGAUGAAAAAUUCUAUUUUGAAUGCCAUAAUUCUACGGAUAGAAUAAAAGUGAGAGUAUGGGAUGAAGAUGAUGACAUAAAGUCUAGAGUAAAGCAGCAUUUCAAAAAAGAAUCAGAUGACUUCCUGGGGCAAACAAUCAUUGAAGUGAGAACACUGAGUGGAGAAAUGGAUGUAUGGUAUAAUUUAGAAAAGCGAACAGAUAAAUCAGCUGUCUCUGGUGCCAUUAGACUGAAAAUCAAUGUUGAAAUAGAAGGAGAGGAAAAAGUUGCUCCCUAUCAUGUGCAAUACACCUGUCUACAUGAGAAUCUGUUCCAUUACCUGACGGAAGUUAAAUCUAACGGGGUUGUGAAAAUCCCUGAGGUGAAAGGCGAUGAGGCCUGGAAGGUGUACUUUGAUGAUGCUGCACAAGAAAUCGUGGAUGAAUUUGCAAUGCGCUAUGGAAUUGAAUAUAUUUAUCAAGCUAUGACGCACUUUUCCUGUCUAUCUUCUAAAUAUAUGUGCCCUGGUGUUCCAGCAGUUAUGAGCACAUUGUUGGCCAAUAUAAAUGCUUUCUAUGCUCAUACCACAGCAGCAACUAAUGUAUCUGCCUCAGAUCGCUUUGCUGCUACUAACUUUGGGAGAGAAAAGUUCAUAAAACUGCUGGAUCAAUUGCACAAUUCUCUGAGGAUUGAUUUAUCCAAAUACAGGGAUAAUUUUCCUGCCAGCAAUUCUGAAAGACUCCAGGAUCUUAAAUCAACUGUGGACCUGCUUACCAGCAUUACUUUUUUUCGGAUGAAGGUCCUGGAAUUGCAGAGCCCACCUCGAGCCAGUACUGUGGUGAAAGACUGUGUAAGAGCUUGCCUGGACUCAACUUAUAAAUAUAUUUUUGACAAUUGCUAUGAUCUCUACUCCCAAUUAGUGGAUCAGAGUAAGAAACAAGAAGUUCCUAAAGAAGAACAGGGACCAACAACAAAGAAUUUGGAUUUCUGGGCACAGCUUAUUACUCUGAUGGUCACCAUUAUAGAUGAAGAUAAAACAGCAUACACACCAAUCUUGAACCAGUUCCCUCAAGAGUUGAACAUGGGGAAAAUCAGUGCUGAAAUCAUGUGGACUCUGUUUGCCCAGGAUAUGAAAUAUGCUCUGGAAGAACAUGAAAAGCAGCGGUUAUGCAAAAGCACAGAUUAUAUGAAUUUGCACUUCAAAGUGAAAUGGUUUUAUAAUGAAUAUGUGCGAGAACUCUCUGCUUUCAAGGAUGCAGUGCCUGAAUACUCUCUGUGGUUUGAACCAUUUGUCAUUCAGUGGCUGGAUGAAAAUGAAGAUGUCUCAAUGGAAUUUCUUCAUGGGGCACUAGAAAGAGACAAAAAAGAUGGGUUUCAGCAAACAUCAGAUCAUGCCCUCUUCUCGUGUUCUGUGGUUGAUGUCUUCACACAGCUCAAUCAAAGCUUUGAGAUUAUUAGGAAACUGGAGUGUCCUAAUCCAGAAGCACUAUCUCAUCUAAUGAGAAGAUUUGCAAAGACUAUCAACAAAGUGCUUCUUCAGUAUGCUGCAAUUAUUUCAAGUUACUUCAGCUCGUAUUGUGAUAAAGAAAAUGUGGCCUGUAUCUUGAUGAACAACAUUCAACAAUUAAGAGUCCAGCUUGAGAAAAUGUUUGAGUCCAUGGGAGGAAAGGAGUUGGAUCCUGAAGCUAGUGUUGUUCUAAAAGAACUUCAGGUGAAACUUAGCAAUGUAUUGGAUGAACUCAGUGUAACAUAUGCUGCAAGUUUCCAAUUUGUUAUUGAAGAUUGUGUAAGACAAAUGAGCAAUGAACUGAAUCAAAUGAGAGGCAAUGGGAAUGCAGCAGCCAACAAGAACAGUGCAGCCAUUGAUGCUGAGAUUGUGCUUCGGCCUCUCAUGGAUUUCCUGGACAAAACUUUAAGCAUCUCGGCAAAAAUCUGUGAGAAAACAGUUCUGAAACGGAUUUUGAAAGAGCUCUGGAAGUUGGUCUUAAACAAAAUAGAAAAACAAAUUGUGCUUCCACCGCUGACAGACCAAACCGGGCCCCAGAUGAUAUUCAGUGCAGCCAAAGAUCUUGGACAACUGUCAAAACUCAAGGACCAUGUGAUUCGAGAGGAAGCCAAAAGCCUGACCCUGAGGCAAUGUGCAAUAAUGGAAGUAGCACUGGUUACUAUAAAGCAAUACUUCCAUGCUGGAGGGAGUGGGCUGAAAAAGAAUUUCCUGGAAAAGAGCCCAGACCUACAGUCCCUCAAAUACGCUCUGAGCCUUUACACACAAACUACUGACGCCUUGAUAAAGAAGUUUAUAAGCACUCAGACUUCUCAAACUCAAACUGCUAAUAAUUCUGUGGGUGAGAUAUCUAUACAAGUGGAUGUCUCCACACAUCCUGGAACUGGAGAGCAUAAAGUCACUGUAAAAGUUGUGGCAAUUAAUAAUCUAAACUGGCAAACAACAGCCAUGUUCCGGCCAUUUGUGGAGGUUUGCAUGUUAGGUCCUAAACUAAGUGACAAGAAAAGAAAACACGGAACCAAGACAAAGAGCAACACCUGGUCACCAAAAUACAAUGAAACUUUUCAAUUCACGCUGAGUAACGAAGAUAAGCCAGGAGCCUACGAACUUCACCUCUCAGUGAAAGAUUAUUGCUUUGCUCGGGAAGACCGAAUCAUCGGGAUGACAGUCAUUCAGCUGCAAAACAUCGCUGAGAAAGGAAGCUGUGCCUCCUGGUACCCCCUGCUGAGAAACAUCUCCGUAGAUGAGACUGGGCUCACCAUCCUUAGAAUACUUUCUCAGAGGAACAAUGACGAAGUUGCUAAAGAGUUUGUGAGACUUAAAACAGAAACAAGAUCUGCUGAAGAAACGGCCUAAAAUCCCCAAGUAAUGCAAGAUUGUCACCGCCAGAACAUAGAUACAAUGCUGUUGUCUGAAUAGUGCAUGCAUGUGCAAAUCUGUGGGAAUGUUUAACUAACUAUGUUUUCAGUGUUUGCCAGUACUUAUGUACUAUAUUUGCAAGGUAUGUCAAGGAGCUGUAUAUCUUUUAUACAUAUUUUGGUCUUUGGUAAAGUAAUUGUUCCAAUGAAGUGCCAAAACUAAGAGUAAAUGUUUCAUCAUAUCUUUUGAAAUGUUGAUUUCACCUCAUCACAAUUCCUUUAUUUUUUAACAUUUAUUAAUAAAUAAUUAGUUUUUUUAAUUGAUUAAUAGAUUGUCUCUGUUAAAUUACUGUGUUGCUUAUUCUAAAUUAAGUUACCUCCUUUACCAUUAUUUUAAAAAUGAGGUACCUAGUUUUCUUCAAACUGUCAUUUUAUGCAAGCCUCAUUUUAGGUGUCUUACUGAUAACUUUUUCUAUCAUUACUACAGAUGCAGUUACUUAUAGAAAGUGUUUGUAAUUUUAUAAUUACCAAUAUAAAGUAAUGAUUUUUGCAUAAAAACUGAAAAAGGAUGGAAAUAUUUUAUGCUAAUCUCUUUUCCAACCUUUCAUAAAUAUCACUGUGAAGAAAUGCUGUUUAAGCAGGUCCUCAAGAAGCUGUGCUUACCAGAGUUUGUUACUGAUGUUUGAUAUCUUGAGAUAACUUUGUUCUUCAAAACUGCCAUGGUAAUAUCAUAUUUGUAUUAAAAGAGUAAGUCAGUAUCUGUAGAACAGACUGCUGUACAGUACAGUAUAUGUGCUUUUAAAAAGUCAUUUUUUAAAUGAUAUGGUACUGUACAAGGGUUGGUAGUUUGGGAUAUGUAAUGUUGGUUUGUGGUUUGUUUCUAGAAAUUGUUUAUGAAAAGAAAAGAUGCUGUGAGCAUUUUCACUCAGAGUUAUAACGUUGCUUUACAUACUUAGCUGUAACAUCAGUUAAGUGCUUUAUUUCUUUAAUUUUUUUUUAGAAAUGUUCAACAGUUUGUACUUAUGCAACAUUACUAUGUAUUGCACUAAAGCAAACUCUGUGUCCUGUAAAUAUAUUUAGUGAGGAAUUGUAAAAUAAAGUAUGCAGAAACUGC